AAAUAGAGGUUAGAUACUACGGAACAAUGCGCCUCAAAAUUCUUUGGUUACUAGUAACCAUAUCGGCUUCUUGCAUCCAAGACUCCAACACCCAAGAAUGGACCGACUGUUUGCCGUGCAUGUGCAUCUGGCGAAAUGGCCAACCGACCGCAAAUUGCGAGGGCAAAUUAAACACUACCCGAAUUCCGCGGUUCAGUACUGAAAUUAAAGUGGUUCAUUUAACAAAUAAUCCACUUCGGAUGCUUGGACCUUAUGCGGUACUGGAUGCCAAUUUACAAACCGUUCAUAAGUUGUAUCUUCAAAAUUGCUCGAUAGAAACGGUAGAUGAGCAUGCUUUUAAAAAUAUAUCUGUGGCGAUAGAAAUAGAUUUAUCUAAAAACUCCAUUACCAGACUCCAUAGUAAUACAUUUAAUGACGGUUUUAAACUUCGCAGCCUUAAACUUAGCCAGAAUAAAAUUAAGGUCAUUGAAGAUGGUUUGUUAUCCAGCCUAACUGAAUUAAAAAACCUAUUUUUAGAUCAUAACGAAAUUGAAUACAUAAGUGAAAAUGUAUUUAGCAAUUUGGGUAACUUAACUAUAUUGGAUUUAGGAAACAAUAAGCUGAAAACAAUUAGAUUCGAUUUUAAAAUGAUAGUACCAAAACUGAAUAGCUUAAAUGUGGAAAAUAACUCGUGGAUAUGCGAUUGCCAUUUAGAACUUUUCCACCAGUCAAUGAUUGUUAAUAACUUAAUUACCAGUGAUCUCACCACGUGUCAUGAACCACCUAAGUUGCGAGGUCGCUUGUGGACUAUAAGAGAUCCAUUUCCUUGUGCCCCGGUCAUAAUACAACCCUCUGGAAUUCCGAGGAUCAAAAGUGCAUUGAAUAGUGACGUGACAAUUGAGUGUCAAGUAACCGGUGAACCAGAACCCGAUGUCAUUUGGUCUGUGAGUGGACAAAUUAUAGACCCGCGAAAAAACAAAAAGUAUUUUUUAUCAAAACGCAAAAUUGGUGAAUAUACGUGGAACAAUCUAACGUUGCUUUCAGUAAGCACCAAAGACAAAGGAGAAUAUAAGUGUACAGCGAAAAAUUCUGGGGGCGAAGACUCUAGAAGUAUCAGUCUAGUGGUAGAUAAUGAAGUUGCUGUAGUGGGGGGCUUUUUUGGUUCAACUCUGAUCAUUGCACUCUCUGUAGGUCUCAUAAUCUUACUUAUAAUAAUAUUGAUCUUGGUGUGUCUAUUUUGUAAAAGAGCCAAUAAUAGGACGUUAAGUUCGAAACGUAGUGAGUUCGGUAACUCAUCCGAAGAGUGCAUUAAUAUGAGUGUUAAUUUAGAUAUUAAGAAAGGCUUAAUAACUGAUGUGAAUCCGAUUAACAAACCGCCAAGAACCACUGUUCCUGCUUCUAUCGUAAGUGGGGGUACAGAAGUCAGCGACGUUAAACGAAAUCUGCUGGAUAGCGAUUCAGUUUUUGAUUGCGACGAAGAAUCAAGAUCACUUGACUUCGAUCAACCCCUCAUUCGAAAGUCAAGCAACGCGUUACUCGAUAUGGAUUAUCGAGUUAAUAAUCACCCCUAUCCUCCAGAUCUCCUAGCGUUUCCACCUAGAAACCAAAUAUCUCCGGCAGGAUCGAAUGCAUCCACUGUCAUAAUAGGUGAUACAAGAUUGCCUCCUAUGCACGGACCCCAAAGCCCUAUGCAGAGUCCCAUCUACGAUCAACUAAGCAUCUACAGAACAUUACCCUACUCAAGAUCUCAGAGCCCUUUCUCACAAGGAGCGGGCGUUCCUAGAAUACCACGACAAGGAGCUGGCUACGUCACAAUUCCAAGGAGACCAAGGCAGAGCUGGAGUGCGUCCUCCGAACCUCCUACGGGUCCAGGCGAAAUCGCUGAACCAGUGUACGAUAAUUUAGGAGUAAGAUCAACAGCUGAUGGUAGUUCAGCGAUAUCCCUAAACAAACUUGGAAGCGAGCCAGCAACACCACGAACGAACAGACUAGCCUCCCUAUUACCGCCCACGAUAGUUCCGAUCAUAGAAUCGCACGAAUCUCCAAACAACUCGAAUAAUCAACCUGAAGAAACGCAGUCUACUUCCAUACCAUCUAGUCAAUCGUUGACUCUACCACGACCGUCGCCCUCUCAUAUCCAAGCUCAACCCGAACGACUUGAAACCAAACCAACUCCAAAUCCAAAACCAAGAAAUACCCGGGAAGUACCGAUCCAAAGCCAAACGUUACCAAGAAAGUUGAACUCAACGAAAUUGACUCCGUCGAAAACUCAAUGGGCCAUGGCCAACAUGGAACAAUUGAGAAAUGCUAGUGAGAAGAGGAACUCUAUUUCUGGUGAUGAUACUUUAACGAAAGAAGGAAAACAGAAAAAAAUUCCACCUCGCCCGCCACCAAAACCGAAAAAGCGAAUGUCCGGACCUCUAUUUGAAGACGAGGGCGAAGAUGGAACGGAAGUGUGAUUGUUACUAAAACCAGUGCUUCGGCUACUGGUUAUGCCAAUUUAAAAUUCACAAAUUAAUUUAAUCUAUUUUGACCAAUAUAGACUUUCUUAAAUAAAUGUGCUACUAGAAUAUAGUUUCGGCAGCUAAUUAUACUAAACAAACACACUGAGAUGGGUGAAGCAAAAAAUAGUUGGUGCUUAUCAAAAACCUUAUUAAGUAAUUCCUGAUUAUGAUUAUUGUUAUUAUGUAUAUUUUAUUAAAUAUUAAGAUGAGUUUUAAAACUCGCAAAUAUGUGCCAAAUUCGUGGCUUACCAGCGCGAUUGAAUCUCUAUAUUGAGAAAUGCAUAAUAAAGUUUUUAUAAUAUUUUAGAAGGAAAAGUGCAUAAAAUACUUCAAAUGACAUAGGUAACGCAUUUUAUAACCUCUUCAUUUACUCGAAUUACCAAAUGCAGGGUAAAACUUAAUUAAUUCACACUAAAUUUUUAUCUACAGCAAUACUUUCACGACGACUCGAUUUUCAAUAAACACCUUGUAUAUUUUUCAAUAUUUAUAACCUCGAAUUUUUAUUAUUACUGAGAUAUAGGUAACAGAAAAUCAAUUGCACUUAAAAUUCAUAAAGAUAUAUCAAUAUUUUGUCAAGUAGAUAGCCUUAACCUAUAAAAUCAGUUUUUUGGGAUACAUACCAAAAUAUUUUUCAAAUAAAUAUCCUGCCUCUAUAGGGUCAAUGAUUUUUCAUCUACUUCACCCAGUGUCUCUGUUUAGAUAAACCUUCCCUUGAAUUGUAAAAAUUAUUGUAUAUACUAAGUAUAAGAACAGAUUUUAUGUGAUAAUAUGGCUUUCUUUUACUUUAUUUUAGGUUCCUAGUUAUUUUUUUUUCUAAUAAAUAUUUAUGAAAUCUACUACCUAGAUACGGAGAUGUGCCUUAACAGAUAAAAUUUGUAAAAAGAAUACAGCGUUCAAAGUGUCAAAGAGUUUACAAUCACUAGUGUUUUAAAACAUAUGACAGAACAUUAUAUAUGAGUGGUAGGUAAUAAUUAAUUAGGUGGGGAAAGAUUUUGUAUAUAUAACGCUUUAUUUUUUAUGUGUUUAGAGUAUACAUAAUGAGGCAAAGUAUGUUUUAUAAACUUAAAUGUCUCUUUAAGUUGUUUCCUAUAUUGGGAUUACAAAGUAAAAGUGGGAUUUGUUUUUUUAGAGCUUUUUACGGUCCUUUUACUUCUCAAUGAUUCUUUGUGUUUAUACAAUGUUGUUUUGAAGCCUUUUGUAGGGAAAAUUUGUCCCCCUUGUUUACUUCUUGCUUUUUUCGAACUCUUCUAAUUCGAGAUCCCUUUUCACAGAUGGCUAUUCUAAAAUAGUAAAUCUGCUGUUUUGUUAGAUUUUUU